AACUUACAAAGAAUGUAUGCAUCACAAGUGCUUGUGUAUUUACUUGCCGACCUCGACAGACUGUGGAAGCCAGAGCUACCACAUGCAGUACCAGUUAUGUACUGUUAUAGAGGAUAUAGUUUGCCUAUGGACAUUGCCAGAAAGUUGAUCGAACAUUGCAUUCAUGCAUGCAUUCAAAGAGGAUUACACGUACCUGUUGUGUCUUCAGAUGGCGAAUUUGUGCAACUGAUGGUUCAAGGAAAAAACGGACAACCACUUACAACACAUCAGCUUAGUAAACAAGUUUGGACAGAGGUUUGCAAACUCAAGAAAAACGAAAUACUUAAGUUAAUUUCAAGUGUCAACAUAGCACACAGAAUCUACACUGAUGACAACGGUCGUUCAUUUAUAGAAAGCAUAAACAACGGGUUCAAGCUUAAGACGCCGAGGGAUUACAUGAAAACAAAUGUUAAACGAAGCAGAUGCUCGUUUGUUUCUACUCAAAACGAGGAUCACUGUGACAAGCAACAGUCGAACAAUGACCAUACUAUAGAACCGUUUAAUGACCUUGCAGAUCACACGAUGUCAAAUACAAACGCUCACAAUAUUCCCGACUGUGAUGAUACAAUACCAUACGAAUUUGAGGAAACGUUACGUGAAAUGCAAAAUAAGAGUCAAUGCUAUGUAUUAACUCUUAAUGAUGGGAAAGAAAUAUGCUACUUGUUGAAACAAAACAAUCAUAUGAAAUGGGUGAACAAAACGCCAGAACAAAUGGUCGAUAUGCUCAUGACUAAUCCAAGUCAAUUACUGAAAAAUGAGUUAUUAGAUGUUUCAAAAUAUUUAAACUUAAAACUAAUAGGAACGGAAAAUGAACUGAAAAUAAAAAAUGUUACGAAAUGUUAUUUACUCACUCAGCUAAGAAAUCUUCUAGGCUCAGAUAUGGAAGAGGAAAACAAGAUCACAAGACCGAAACGGACACAGACAGUGAAGCAACCCAAAGCCUUAAAAACAAUAGCAAUGUCGGUUCUAAGGAAACCAAAUUAUCCUAAACAAGCUCUAAACAUAGCUUAUGCUACGUACAUAUGGCCUGAAAAACUAACAAAUUGGAAAUCAAAUGGGAAAGUUGCCAACCGAAUUAAGGUUUGUGGGCCACAGGAGAACGACGAUGUGUAUUUUGAACCGUACUAUCUUCCGGAAUUUGAUUCAAAUAUGGAUGAUUUUAGAAUUUAUGCGUAUGACAAAACUCAUUUAGGUACAAACCUCAGGAAAGCUUUAUGCUUAGACAAGAUAUCGGGUAUUUCAGUAGACGCAUGGGCAUACGUUUCUAAGACUAAACCUGACGUGUUGCAUCCAUCCGUUAUUGAAGUUACUGAUGGGAAGAUACUUGACCAGAUGAAAGAACUACUGGCCAAAACAAUGGUCAGCAUUGCAGUAGAAGAAGAGAUGACUAAAGGCGGAUUUAUAAAAGAAGCAGAAUUGUGUAAAUUGAUUCGGGAAGGUUUAUUUGAAGCCGAUGACAUGCCAGGAAUACCGGCUUUCGAAAGAUGCAAAAGACGUUUGGCACUAAUUGAAUGGCUUAACAAAGACGUCAAUUUUGGAGCUUUUCCGCCGUACGGAAACUACAUAAAGGGCAUGUCUCAUAUCCUGUAUGAAGGAUUACGAACAAGUCAAGAAGGCAAACUGUACUUAUAUGCCCUUGCGAAUUCCGGGACGUACUGCGUACGUGCACCCAACACACUUUGUAGCGAGUCGUUCUUCUCGUCAAUGCAAGAAACAGAUCCUUGGGGUCAAGGGAUACUAAGUUCAAGCGGAGUCCAGAAGCAUAUAUCGGACUUCACAACAAUAACUUCAAUGAAAAUGGAAGAUUCACGAAACAUCUUCAUUAAGACUAAACGUGAUGCAGCGUACCCCAAUCCGACUGUCGAUAUGCCUACAAGCCCUACAUCUGUAGCAAAUCCAGUAGAACGCCGCCCUGAAGUAGUUUGCAAUUGCCGGGAAAAUAGAUAUAUUCAAUGCAUAGUUCCAAGGGAUCAUUAUUUUGACACCCAAGCCCGAGCCAGAUUAUUAAAGAAAGAAAAAAUAUAUCAACCGAGUUCGUCGAGCACUGUGAGGGGUGAGCAACCCAUUCGAGCACAGUACGGAUACAAAAUUAACGAAGCAAAAAUGUUACCUUCUAAACGUAUUGGCAUAUAUCGUGUUGGUGAUCAUGACUUUGACAGCAAUGCCUAAGUGCUGAGCAAAUGAAAAGUAAUAACUGAGAUACAUGUUAUAAGCAAUGCAUGUCGCGCAUAAUUCAUCAAAUGGAAAACUGUUGUUCACUUUAGCAUUAAAAAAACACUUUAAGCUGUAAAUAACAUAUUUAAUCAUUG